AUGAAUAUGUGUUCCAAGUGUGAAAAGGACAUGAUACUACUGAAGCAGGAACAAGCAAAGCUUGCAGCUACAUCCAGUAAAGACGUCGUACACAAAAGCUCAAGCAGCGAUGAAUCAGAACUUGCUCUUGCAGGUGCCGCGGUUGCAUUAGCAGAUAUAGUACAACUGAUGCAUAGUAUAGCCUCUCAGAUUUCACAAGAGAAGUCAAAAAAGGGUUUGAAAAAGUGCAUAGCUUGUCGUAAGCGUGUGGGAUUACCGGGGUUCAGUUGCAAAUGUGGUGAUCUUUUCUGCGCAGUUCAUCAUUAUUCAGACAAAGACAACUGCCCGUUUGAUUAUUGGAAUGCUAGUUAG